GCAAGAGUCGGAGAGAGGGAGAAGAACGCGUUUCCCACGGGUCACUACUCUUCUUCAUCUUCCUCCGACCCAUUAAUCUAUUACAUAUCUCCCCACUAGUUUAUGCAAGUGUCGUGCUAUUAAACUAUCCCUCUCUGUGUUUUCUCUCCCCUUUCUUCCCCACCCAGAUCUCUUCCCUCUUCUUUUCUGGUUAUUUUUGGGGGAUUUCUCGUUCUGGGUUUACUUCAUUGCUUCGCUCUCUUCCCGGUUUUCGUUUCAAGUUUCGAUUUUGCUGAUACCCUUUUGAUCUUUUCGCCUGUCUGCUGGAUAAGUUCUCACCAGUCUUCUUCGUUUUGCUCUGUAUUGGAUUUACUGCUGCUGCUCCUUGUUGUCGGAUCCUGGAAGAUUGACCUUUGGCUUUCUGUUUUAGCCUUUUGAUUUUGUCGCGGAAGGCUCGUUGGUUGCUUGUACUGAUUCAGCCAACCUUCUUCGGAGUUGAAAUCCUUCAUCUGAUUUCCGAAAGUUCCAUAAUUGAUGCCUGAUGUUGUCCGAGAACUAAGCCCUAGGAUAGAAAGUCUUUGACUUUACUUGUAGUGUGGUGGUUGGCCUUAAGAAUUCAGAUGCGGUCACUGCGUUUGUCUUUCGCUCUUUUGAUCAGAUCUUGAUGUAGAGAUAUUAUCCGAUGCAUUUCUGGUAAAGGGAUUGAGAGAGAGGUAGGGAUUAUCAGAUGGGGAAUACUUGUGUAGGACCAAGCAUUACUGGAAAUGGAGGGUUUUUGCAAUCAGUUUCCGCAGCAAUGUGGCGGCCUCGAAUGGGGGAUGAUUCCAUGUCCCAGACUAAUGGGGAAUCCGCCAUUGAAGCAACUUCAGGGGAGCUUAGAUCUCCGUUACCUGCAGUGCAAGAUAAACCCCCUGAACAGCUCACAAUGCCUAAGCCAGAGACUAACACCGAAACGAAACCAAAUCCUGAACCAGAGAUCCAACCCGAGAGCAAAACAGAAUCCCAACCAGAGACGAACUCGGAGACCAAACCUGAAACUAAACCAGAAGCCAAGCCAGAAGCCAAACCCGAUACCCCGGCUAAACCGAAGAAGCCUAAACAUAUGAAGAGAGUGUCCAGUGCUGGGCUUAGGACCGAGUCUGUAUUGCAGAGGAAGACUGAAAACUUUAAGGAAUUCUAUUCCUUGGGAAGGAAACUUGGACAAGGGCAGUUCGGGACAACGUUUUUGUGCGUGGAGAAGGCUACAGGGAAAGAGUAUGCCUGCAAAUCAAUUGCUAAGAGGAAGUUGUUAACAGAAGAGGAUGUGGAGGAUGUUAGAAGGGAGAUUCAGAUAAUGCAUCACUUGGCCGGUAACCCAAAUGUUAUAUCCAUCAAAGGGGCUUACGAAGAUGCUCUGGCAGUACAUCUUGUGAUGGAGCUGUGUGCAGGAGGUGAACUUUUCGAUAGGAUAAUUCAACGUGGGCAUUAUACCGAGAGGAAAGCAGCCGAGCUAACACGAACCAUAGUUGGGGUUGUGGAAGCUUGUCAUUCUCUCGGUGUCAUGCAUCGAGACCUGAAGCCCGAGAAUUUCCUGUUCGUUAGUAAAGAGGAAGACUCCCUUUUGAAGACGAUUGACUUUGGACUGUCAAUGUUCUUUAAGCCCGGCGAGAUUUUCAACGACGUAGUUGGCAGCCCAUAUUAUGUAGCUCCAGAGGUUCUUCGAAAGCGUUAUGGUCCUGAAGCAGAUGUAUGGAGUGCCGGUGUGAUUGUUUACAUUUUAUUAAGCGGAGUUCCCCCCUUCUGGGCUGAAACCGAGCAAGGAAUCUUCGAACAGGUCCUCCAUGGAGAUCUUGACUUCACCUCCGAUCCAUGGCCAAGCAUCUCCGAAAGUGCAAAGGACUUAGUGAGGAAAAUGCUCGUUCGAAGCCCCAAGAAAAGAUUAACAGCACACCAAGUCUUAUGUCAUCCAUGGGUACAAGUCGAUGGUACGGCUCCAGACAAACCUCUCGAUUCCGCUGUUCUGAGUCGAAUGAAGCAAUUUUCUGCCAUGAACAAGUUCAAGAAGAUGGCUCUUAGGGUCAUAGCCGAGAGCUUGUCCGAGGAGGAGAUAGCUGGCUUGAAAGAAAUGUUCAAUAUGAUAGACACCGACAAUAGCGGUCAGAUAACUUUCGAGGAACUGAAAGCAGGACUGAAACGGGUCGGGGCCAACCUCAAAGAACACGAAAUUCUUGACCUAAUGCAAGCUGCUGAUGUAGACAACAGUGGAACAAUAGACUACAAGGAGUUCAUAGCUGCUACAUUGCAUCUGAACAAGAUCGAGAGAGACGGCCAUCUGUUCGCCGCCUUUUCAUACUUUGACAAAGAUGGGAGUGGUUAUAUAACGGCCGACGAGCUCCAGCAAGCUUGUGAGGAGUUUGGCGUGGAAGAUUUCCGCAUAGAAGAAAUGAUACGUGACGUCGAUCAGGACAGCGACGGGCGGAUUGAUUACAACGAGUUUGUGGCGAUGAUGCAGAAAGGUACGAUCACCGGAGGAGGGCCGCCGGGGAAGAAGGGUCUAGAAACUAGCUUUAGCAUUGCUCUGAAACACUAGUUUCUGUUUUUUUUAUAUAAGAAAAAGGCAGAGGAGAUCAUAAUCAUAUAAUUGCAUAGCCAUUUCUCUGUUUUUUUUGUACCUCUAAAAAAAAGUUUCAAUCUUUGGAUGAGAUUGUGUUCCAGAACUUGUUUUGGCAACUGGUCUUUGUGGUAUUCUUACAGCCUUAAACUAUC